AUGACCCCGCGCCACGUAACGCCGAUAUACGCAAAAGACGCAAACGUGAUUGUCUCAUUACUCGAUUUGCACGUCGCGCAACCCGGCGAAGGCGACCUCACCAAUGGCCCUGCGCCGCUACAGAUUCUCGAGUCUGGAACAGGUCACGGCGCCCUGACAUUACAUCUAUCGCGCGCGAUUCAAGCCGCUAAUACCCUCCCUCCUCCGCUGCCGACAGCGUCCCAGGUGAAAUACCUCGAACAACUCCCCGAAGAACACGAGAAUGCAGAGGAAGAUUUAGAGCAAGAAGACCAAGAACAACGACAGCAACAAGAACAAGAACAAGAACAAUGGGACACAUGGCGCGCCACCCGCAGAGCUAUAAUCCACACCGUCGAAGUCUCGCCCAUCUUCUCCCGUCACGCUGAAAAACUCGUCCGCGGCUUCCGCCGUGGUAUCUACGCCGGCAACAUCGACUUCUACGUCGGCCGGGUCGAAAACUGGAUCUCGGACCAAAUCAAGAAGAACUCCUCACAACACUACCAGCCUUUCCUCACCCACGCCAUCCUCGACAUGCCCUCCGCCCACUUGCGCAUCCCGCACGUCGCAUCCGUCCUCAAGCCAAACGGCAUCCUUGCCGUGUUCAUGCCCAGCGUCACACAGAUCACGGAGUGCGCGAUGUAUAUCCGCAAGCAUGGGAUUCCGCUCGAGCUGGAUAAGGUAGUUGAACUGGGGACGGGGAUUAGUGGCGGACGCACGUGGGAUGUAAGGUUUGCGGUGAAGAAAUCCAAGGCAGACCCAGGAUGGGAUAGUGCAAAUGACCCUUCGGGAUCUGAGGUUAUGGCUGAGGAAAGCGGCUCGGAGUCAGUUGGUGGUGAUGGUGGAGAACCAGCGCAGGCUGGGCCUGUUGCUAACCCUAAGGAAGAGCCCGUCCUUGUUUGCCGGCCGCUGGCUGGGCAGUUAAUUGGGGCUGGAGGUUUUGUGGGGAUUUGGAGGAAGUUGCAUAUUCCCUCAUCGUCAGGUGUUUAG